AAUCAAAUAAGAUAUGGAUAUGGCCUCUACCUUUGCAUUGCACUUCUCAAAACCUCCAACAAUUUUUGCCCCCUCUGCUUCUCACAAAAGCACUUCCGAACCGACGAAGUGCAUCACCAAAAAGCGAAAGAAUCUCUUCAGCAGAAGAAAACUGGCCGAAGAAGCAGCAGCUUUUGCUUCUGCUGUCCUGCUCCAUCAGGAGCUCUUCUCAUCUCCGAAAAGUGCUUCUGCUGUCGAGUUCCGCAUCACGACUCCUGACCAGACACCAGAAGAAGCAGAAGCUGCUAUAAGAGCACACGCGCGAGAUCUGCUGGGAAUAAAAGCGCUUUUGGAUACAGAGUCAUGGAGAGCAGCGCAGCACGCGCUUCGCGAGAGCUCGCUGUACUUGAAGCAAGAUUUGUACACGAUAAUCCAAUCGAAGCCCGGAAGCCUCAGGCCUCGGCUGCGGCAGCUCUACUCCAAUCUCUUCAACAGUGUGUCUGAUCUAGAUUAUGCGGCGAGGGACAAAGACAAGAAGCGAGUGCACGAAUGCUACAAUAACAUUGCAGCAACUCUAGAUGAGAUCUUCGAGAGAAUAUGAGAAGAUCAAAUUCUUUUUGAAUUCAACCAAAGAAUAAAGGAGGAAAUCAACCAAAGAAAGAAAGAAAGAAACCAGCCGGCCUGUGUAAAUUUUGUUUCUCUUCUUCCUGUACAAUUUUUGAUAGCUACUUACGGAGCACUUGCUCUGUAUCACUAAUCUUUCUCAAGUUUAGAUGCUACUACACAUUAAGAAAAGAAAAAAAAACCCUCAGAUCUGCGAACUAUGAUGUAACUCAUAUUAUGUAAGACGUAAUUGACUAAUUAUAGAGUCGAAAAGAAAAUC